AUGUCACCUUACGAAAACAUGUAUCCAAAACAACCGCAGAGAUAUAUUUUGUUCACAAGAUGCUGUUUCUGCGUACCGCUGGAGACUGGUUGUUUCAUACUUGGCUACAUCAGUUUGAUUUUAAACUUCAUAAUAUCAUUAUUCUUCAUCGGAACUCUGUUUUUCAUGGCUAUUUACAGCCAAGACUUUGAACACAUUCACACUAAGGUGAUAAAAGAUGGAGAGAAGACUCCAGAUUUUUUGGAUGAAUCCACAUUGAUGACGACUGCCGUAGUUACUAUUCUUGAUGGUGGUCUGAACGUCAUUUGGUUUGCGAUGAGCAUCGUCCUUCUUAUUGGUCUACACAGGGUCGGCAAACGAGCCUACGUCUUACCUGAUAGUAAGCAAUCAGCGCCGCCCAUAGCCUUCCAGAACAGAGGAGUUACGAUUUUCUCAGCAUACUUCAUCCUGCUCUACUACAGUUACGCCAUCUUGUUAGAGCGAGAGCAACAAGAGAAAAAUCCGAAACCAGUGAUGGAAAUUAUCGCCAGCGUCAUCUCAAAGCAUUCUCAGAGCGUUGAUAAGGUUACUUUGACUGAGAGGGAAGAAAAGUUCUGCCCAGUUAUCUACUCAAAACAAUAUCAGAGUAAUGAGUCUGAGACCAAAAAGCAGAAUGAUUUGUUCACAAAAUUCUGUUUCUGUGUACCGCUAGAGACUGGGUGCUUUAUACUUGGUUAUACCAGCUUGUUUCUAAACUUCAUAAUAUCACUAUUCUUCUUUGCGACCCUGGCUUUCUUAGCUGCGUACACUCAUGGUUUUCAAUACCUUCGUACCAAAACCACUGAGGAUGGUGAGAGAGUUCCUGAUAUGAAUUCUCUUGAUAACGACAAGUUGACAAAGAUCAUUGUAAUUACUGUAUCCGAUGGAAGUUUAAACCUUGCCUGGUUUGCCAUGUGUAUCGUCCUUCUUCUUGGUCUGCAUAAGAAACAACCUGGCUAUAUUAAGUUGCACGUGUCGGUUGCUGCUAUCCGUGUACUUUUAUCGAUAGUUGGCGUAGCUCUGUAUACCGGACACACAACAAACUCUGCAAUAUUUUGCGUUGCGGAGAUUGUUAUCUCUGCGUUCUUCAUUUUCCUGUACUACAGAUACGCCAACCAACUGAAGAAAGAACAACUUCUAGAAGAUGCUAAACCACUAUCCAAUGUUACAUCUAAAUAUCCUCAAAACAUUGACAAGGCUAUCUUAACUGAAAAGAAGGAAAAGUACUAGUCGGUAUUUUUGAGCAUUGCUUACUUACGUAACUGUUCGUCGUAACUUGAAAGUGGACGAGUAAUCACAAUGUAUGAAUUGCAAUGAUACUGAAAUGAGAAACUCCAUACCGAUGG